AAAUCAGUAGAUUCCAUCUUUCGGUAUAACUGCCCUUCUCUCCAUUACAUUCUUACAUCUAGACAAUCAGACAAUAAAUCAAAGGGACAACGCUGAACAACAUCUCUGGCUAGGGUGGAAGUUGCCGCUCUAGCUCUAUUUUCUGCCAGACUGCCCUCCCGCUCUUUUGCAGUUCUAGUUUUUGCCCAGUCUAUAGCCCCGAGGCGUAACGCAUUUGCGCAUGCGCAAGACAAUCGCAGGGGUCAGGGGAAAAGCCUUUGAUAGGACCCCGCCCCUUAGCCACGCAACUCUUUUUUGCGCCUGCGCUGCGCGCCUGCGCCCAGCUCUCUUAGUCGCCGCCGCCUCCGCCGCUUCCUCCUUCUGGAACCGGCUCCUUGGCCCCCGUCCCGGGGGCCCCACCCAGGCGGCCGCGGCGCCCGUGACAGGAAGGCGUAAGGGGUCGGAAACGUGGCGUACGCAAUGGGGCUCUUUGGAAAGACGCAAGAGAAGCCUCCCAAGGAGCUGGUCAAUGAAUGGUCAUUGAAGAUCAGAAAAGAAAUGAGAGUAGUUGAUAGGCAAAUAAGAGAUAUACAGAGAGAAGAAGAAAAAGUGAAGCGAUCCGUGAAGGAUGCUGCCAAAAAAGGCCAAAAGGAUGUUUGUGUAAUUCUAGCCAAGGAGAUGAUCAGAUCAAGAAAGGCUGUGAGCAAACUGUAUGCAUCAAAGGCACAUAUGAAUUCUGUUCUCAUGGGCAUGAAGAACCAACUGGCUGUCCUUCGAGUGGCUGGCUCCUUACAGAAGAGCACGGAAGUGAUGAGGGCCAUGCAAAGCCUAGUGAAGAUCCCAGAGAUCCAGGCCACCAUGAGGGACCUGUCCAAAGAGAUGAUGAAGGCGGGGAUCAUAGAGGAAAUGCUAGAAGACACUUUUGAAAGCAUGGACGAUCAGGAAGAAAUGGAGGAAGCAGCCGAAAUGGAGAUCGACAAGAUUCUCUUUGAGAUCACAGCAGGGGCCUUGGGCAAAGCCCCCAGCAAAGUCACAGACGAUCUUCCCGAGCCUGAGCUCAAAGGCGCCACCGCAGCCGCCGAGGAGGACGAGGAGGAGGAAGAUGAUCUGGAAGCCAUGCAGUCCCGACUGGCCACCCUCCGAAGCUAGGUGGGUACGCCCAGCCUGUCCGCCGUGGGGGUUUGUUUGGCCGCCUGGUGGACGCCCCGCCGUGGACAUGGACAGCUUUUUACAUGUCUCCUGUAAAAUACUUUUGCAUUUGUUAUCACGUUAGAGGAUUCUUUCUACGGGUUUCUGUGGAGCUCUCCCCAAGGGCAGCGUGGGGUCGUCACGGGUGUGAGGGGUUCCAGAUCAAAACGUGUCCAACUGGAGAACCGUCCUUUGAAGCAAGUCGUGGCUUCCCACAAAGCACUUUUACGGAUUCUGCUGCCAGAACGCUAAGUGUUCUGUACAUUUUUCUGAAAAACACUAGAAUGGCUUUUAAUAAAUUUCUGCUUUAAGACUGGC